UUCAAGUCAGAGACACAGACAUGACUAAGUUAACCUGGAUUGAAAAAUUGGCUGAAUCUUGCGAACAGAUCAGUAAAAAAAUUGAAAAACGCUACAGUAAAAAACGACUGUGGAGCCCUGAUUAUUCAAAGAAGAGAAUUGUCAGUGACAUUCUUUGGAAGGUGAUUGAGAAGGUUGCAGACAUACCAACUCGGCAUCUUAUUAGAGAAACGUUUGAGGAGGCCCACUGUCAGCUACUUCGCCAAAUUGUAAGAGAAACUGGGAAACUCGAGCUGUCCUUUGUGAUGGAAAUGUCAGACAAGCUAAGCGAAAGGAUUUUCCAAGGCAUCGCCAGCGAUUCUUUCCAUAUUGCUAGCGAGUUGCAUUUGUUCACAAUACUUUUCUACCCAGUUGCGUAUCCGAGGAUAGUAGAAGAAUUCAAGUAUCACCUGGAGAAUCCCAUUCUUCCUGAGCCUACAAAAAUGGAUAGAUUUUUCUCAUCUGUAAGAACAACGCUCAAAAAUGCUUUGUUUGACACUGAGAGCUUGUAUUCUAAUGAAAACUGUCUGUCCGACAGUCAAGUUAUUGCUGCCGAAAGGAGAAAAUCAUUGAUAGGGAACAUAGAAGUAAUCAAACAUGGAACUGAAGAGGAACGUCGUAAAAUGGUGUAUGAAGUUGUGUGGAAACUGAUUUGUAGGGCAAGUUACGCAUCUGUCACCCCAUACAAAGUUAAAGACACUGUACCAGUCUUCAAAAGGCUUUCUGGGAUCGUGAGGGAAGAACUAAGAGACGUAGAGUUUCCAAUUUUCAGCAAUAUGGACAAAAAACUCAGCAAAGACAUCUUCCAACUUCUAACUGGAAAUGAGGAUGUGCAUUAAAGUUCAUCCAAUCCAAGAGACUCUGGAGACAGAAAAUAGUGAGGAUAAAGAAAAAGAC